AUGGCUGAAGAUCCCACCGAAGAGAGCUUCAUCAGGGCGAGGGACCUUUACAUUAAUAAUGUGCUAUCUUCGACUAUCUAUAGCUACAAAGAAGCUAUGAUUGACGCUGGUAUUCAAGAAGCAUUUGCCUCGCUCUCCAUUUAUCAACACCAUGUCAAAUUGAAAGUUAUCAAUAGUAAAACGUCUGGGAAUCCACAGAUUGACAUGAGUGAGAAAGGCAAAAAGGAAAGGUUUCGGAAGUUGUAUCGUCUACUCUAUGAAGUCGCAAAACUAAGGGGGCAAUCAAAGAAUCCUGACAUUGCUGGUACAAUGAGAAAGGCAGGAUACACAGAAGCAGAACUAUAUGAAAUCCAAGAAACCAAGAAGAAGAAUCCAAGUCGGUUUUACGUCCAAUGCAGUAGACUCGCAAAUAGAAUCAGAAAAGAGCUUGACGAGAAGAAAAUGAUUCAAAUUUCCAUACAUGAUGCAUGUAUACCGAAAACUAUUGUUGAAGAAAGAGUCGACGAGGAAGAAGAAGUGUCUCCUAUUUCAGCGGCUACGUCGGAUGAUACAUAUUUCUCCUUCUCUUCUAACAGAGACACCGGCUCACAUGGUUUAGAACCUCUACCGGAAGCCCAAAAGCUCCCUACUAAAAGUGAUGACGCCUCAGUGAAGUCAACUACUUCGGCAAUAUCUUCAAUUACUACGCAAUCGGCGCCGAAGAGAAAGACACCUGCUCAGAAACAACAAGAACGGAGGGACAGAGCACAUUUGGAGAUGCUCCGAAAGUGUGCUUACAAAAUAGGAUCGGUUGCCUACAGUUUGAAGGAACAGAAUCCCUGUGAAGCAUUGAAGGGCGCGAGCAAUUGUGCUGACCAAGUCAACAGAAUGUUUGGUAUUGAAUUGAUUACAGGGCGCCAACUUCGAGAAGCUGUCAAGCACAACAACGUGGGGAAAUCACCACCCCGGGUUGGAAGGCCCACUCUGCUAUCAGACCGAGACUUCACGAAUCUACGUGAUGCCUUUUGGAGUAGUAGCGCUAUCGAUCAAAACAAUGUUGAUGCAAGCAGACUGACUAGAGCUGAAGAGAAAACUGUUCUUGAUGAAGUGGUCAACGAUAAGAGAUUGAAGGAUGGCAAUGUUGCUAUUGACGCAGUCAAGUUGAUGGAGAGAAUUGAUGUAGACAAUGCUCCAAGACAGAAUAUCGUGAUGGUCGAUGAGCGGCGACAGCUUCGGACCGAGUGGUGCACAAAAGCUAAUCAAAUGAAACAUUACCAGAAGUGGGAGGAGAAAAUGAUUGAAAGAGGAUACGCUCGCUUACCGACGAACGAGAAAGAGAGAGCACACGGCUACAUUACUUUUCUACCAGGACAAGAAAAGCGCAAUACCAAUAUGGAUGAAAUGAAAUUCACGUUGGAUGCAUCCACUGAGUCGCGAGGAGGUCGCCCUUCACACAGUCACACUACAAGCUCCAUUUCGGAGGGCGGAAAGGCUGACAAGACACCUGAUACUUCCUGCACUAUUGUCAUGGCGGUGAAUGAUGACGAACCGUUGCCACCGUGUGUGAUUUUCAAAACCACAGCGAAGGAUGGAAACGGAACAAUUAGUGCCAGGAACUUGCAACUGGAUGAGAGAGGUCGUCUUCUGUAUCCAGAUUGCCAAGACAUCAAAGGAAAACGUGUCUUGCUAAAGGUUGACUCCGGGCCAGGACGACAGGCUGCGAAAGUUCUUGGUGAAACAAGAGUUGAAGGGGUCGACAUAUUUCCAGGCCUACCCAAUGCAAGCGAGUGCAACCAAGAAAUGGAUCAGCUUUUUGGUCCAUACAAGGACUCCGUUUACAGUAAUCGCAAUAAGCUAAUCAACGCCAAAGGAAAGCUUACUCUCCUUGACGUCGGCUAUUGUCUUUUCGGAGGUCAGGUCACACUUGAUAACGGCAAAAUACUCGACCUUGAGGAGUCUUUCAAGUUGCACUUUACUCCGGCGAAGAUUCGUUCUGCCAGAGAGAAAUGCGGCUACUGUCCAGCUACUCGAAGAGCUUUGGAAGACCCCAAAAUGAGGGACGAGACCAACGAAGUCAACGACGAUGAAGAUGCCUUGGAAGCCCCUAAAAGGAGGGACGAGAUCAAUGAGGUCAACGAUGAUGAAGAUGCCUUGGAAGAUCCCAAACUGAUAGAAGAGAUCGACGUUGUUGACGAUGAUGAAGAUACCUUGGAAGACCCCAACAUUGUAGACGAGAUCAACGAAGUCAACCUUGAUGAAGAUGCCUUGGGAGACCCCAAAAUUGUGGACGAGAUCAGCAAAGUCGACGAUGAUGAGGCUGAGGAAUUGACAUCAAUGACAAAAGUAUUGCUCAAAGUCGAGAAGAUGAAUCACAGGGCUGUUGAUGAGUUAAUUUCGUGCGGCUAUACACUUGCCAGUAAGCUCAGGCGUACUGUGAGGAGAGUGACAAGAAGAAGUUUUGGAAAGGGAAUCGUAACUGCCCCAGGUUCAAGAGAGAGACAAGAGCUGUUUGCUAAAAUGACGCGUGCAGGUGAUUACUUUCGUAUCACUGGUGGUGGUGGUGUCAUUAAUACUGCUGAUGUGCUCAUUGGACUCGAAAUAAAAGGGAUGAAGAAGGAAGUCGAAAAGGAAUUGAAAAGAAAGAAAGUACUUCAGAGCUUCUAUAGUUGUCGGCGGCGAGCGACAAAGCUCAUGCAAGAGAAGCACUACAUGAAUUGGACGAGGACCGAUUUCGCCACCGCCAUCAGCUACAAGCGAGGGCCCUUUUAUAAGUGCGAGAAGGGGGAUCGAACUAUCUCCAGCAUAAAGAAGCUUCAAGUACCUGAGCUGAAGAAGUAUUAUGAAGAAACCUACAAAGACAAGCCGAGUGCAUGGCGUCGGCAAGAGAUUUGGACAAUCAAAAACGAAAAAGAGCUGGAGCGACUGAAAACUGGCAAAGUCUCGCAUUAUACCGAGACUCGCAUAUACGGCGAUGCCCUUGAGACUCAAAACUUCUGGGUACAAAAGAAGUUCGAAUCAAUAUCCAGAGAGCGGCAAAUUAAGGUGCUGUCAGAAAUUUUCAAGAAUCUUGAUGAAGAAGUUGUUGAUUCGGUGGUGAACAGCCUUCCUGACGACAAGAGAACUUUGCUUCACGAUUGUCUCAACAGGGCGCCAAGCAGUGACGACGACGAAGAUCUCGACAAUUCCUCUUCUAUUCACUUUUGCGAGGCGGAUCUUGAGUUUGCGUCUCAAUGGAACGAUGAUGAUACCCUUGUUGAGAAUGAGAUGACGGAGGCGGAGAUGGAAUGUGCAGCGAUCCUUGAAGAAGAGUGUCAAGAGAAUCAAAACACCGGGGAAGAAGUAGGCACCGAUGAAGACUUUGAUUCUGACGAUUCGAUUGCCGAUGAUAAUCACGGCAUACUCAAGGAUAUCGAGAUUAAUGCGACGCCAGACGAUGGGUACCGAUCAGUGGCAGCAGAGUCCUCAGACGAUUCCAGCUGUGCAUCCGCAGGUUCCUUUGAGAUGCAGGAUGAUGCGGCGUCUGAUGAUGAAGAUAAGUCCAUGGACAGGAUUGGCCGAGAGCCGUCAAGAGAACCAACGGUGUCGCCUACAAAUGCAGGUGGAAGCGAGCUUCAAAUAUCUACGACUCACAAUGGGAGAGCCGUUGACGAGUCUAUCGAGAAUGAAAUCGAUACUGUCAUCGAAGAUACGAUUACCGAGAUUGAAGUAUCAAAGGACGCUCAAACAAAGAUUGCUCUGUAUAAUCUAUUAAUCAAUUCAAGAGGUAAAAAAGUGGGCAACAGAAGACGAGAGGAAGCCCUCAAGCGUCGCUGGAUGGAAGUGAAGGCUGAACCCUUGGUAUGGAGUGUCGACGAUCUCAAAUCGAAACUAGCCGAUCUCAAGUCGAAUCAAGCCGAGUGGGUUCAUAGCUGCUAA